GUCAAAAAUUCAUAUGUCAAGAAACCGUCAAGGGUCGCGGUCCGUAAGUCACUAUAUCCGCUCAAGGACAUGAAUACGUUGGCGGCUUGGUCCGAUUGGUUUGCGGUGUGUUUGCCCGUGUGGACGCUACGACUUUCGGACCGCUAGAUUUGCAAGUGCUUGUUUACAAACAAAAAAGUUUUAACCGCAAUUGAAAAAAUUUGGUACUUUUGUUUAUUGUAUUUAGUGAAAAUGAACGAAAAUCGUGCUUUUGCCAUUGUUAGUGCACUCCAGGAAACACUAGAUUCAUCGUCAGAUGAUGAGGAACUCAUCAGUUUAAUUUUCUCGUCAUCCUCUAGUGAAGAAACCGAUGGAGUUGAAGUAUAUGCGGUACAGAGAAGAGGACCGAUGCAAAAGAGGCCUCGCAUUGAAGAGUUUGUAGAACGCACAGUGCCGGGUUUCUCCUCAGAAGAAUUUAAAUCGCAUUUUAGAAUGCUGCCAGAAACUUUCGAAUUUGUUUUGGGACAUGUUGGACCAUUGUUAAGCACAGCUGGGCCUAGUUCUCGACCACAAACUCCUGCAAAGACUCAACUGCUACUGGUAUUUUGGUUAAUGGCAACUCCCGAUUCAUAUAGGUCUGCUUGCACAAAGUUUAAUGUAGGGAAAGCAACCUGUGUACGUUCAAUGCGAAGAGUUUGUCGAGCUCUACAUACCUUAGCUCCUAGAUUCAUAAGGUGGCCUGAGGGACAACGAGCUCAAGAAGUGAUAGGAGAAUUUGUACGUGCUAGUGCUUUCCCUGGAGUUAUUGGUGCAAUAGAUGGGACUCACAUUGAAAUUAAUAAACCCAAAGAUGAUGAACAUAAUGCAUAUUGCAAUAGAAAGGGAUAUCCAUCAGUCCCAGUGCAAAGCAUUUGUACUUACAAGCUAGUAUUCACUAGUGUAUAUGCUGGACAUGCUGGGUCAGUUCAUGAUGCCCGUGUAUUUAGCUUAUCAAGAAUACCUGAUUAUAUGGCAGACCCAGCACGAUACUUUCCAAAUGAUAGCCACCUUGUUAUCGACUCGGCUUAUCCAAUCCAUCCCUGUAUAAUGGUGCCUUAUAAGGACAAUGGUCACUUGACAUCACUACAGAAAAACUAUAAUUUUUGUCUAUCAUCUGCCAGAACAUCGAUUGAGAGAGCAUUUGGUGUGUGGAAAAAUCGCUGGAGGAGAAUUCUUGUCAGACUUCCCAUGGUCACGAUGGAACAAAUACCUGAAUACCUAUUAACAGUUGCAGUAUUGCAUAAUAUUUGCAUUCAAAGAGAUGACUUAUUUGUUCUUAGUGAACCACAAAUUAUAAAUGAUACCCCUCUUGUCCAGCAAAGAGACAUGCUAAUAGAUGAUGCCUCAAGGAGAGCUGCAGGUAGUGCAAAGAGAGACCGCAUCAUGAAUGAACUUUCUGUUAGAAACAUUCAGUAA